AGCACAUGCAUGAUAUGAAUAUAAAAGAUUGCCCGCUGACUUUAAUUCCAGCUGCAUUCGUGCUUGAACGAAAGAAAGGAGCGGGGAGGUGACUCUAUAUUCGGUUCGUCUUUUCUUGGUUUAACGCAAUUCUUCUCUCACAUUCUGACGACCUUUCCAAACAGCCAUGGAUGUAGACGCUUGCAUUGAAUCCAUCAAGGCUUGCAAAUAUCUACCCGAAAAUGACAUGCGUCAGCUAUGUAACAAGUUGAAGGAAAUCUUGGCCGAGGAAUCAACAGUCGUGCCUGUACGAGCACCAGUGACGUUAUGCGGUGAUAUUCAUGGUCAGUUUUAUGACUUGUUGAAGCUUUUCGAAGUCGGUGGUGAUCUGCCUGAAACAUCCUAUAUUUUUAUGGGUGAUUUUGUCGAUCGCGGUCGUUAUUCAUUAGAAACGUUGACGUUGUUAUUGUUGCUUAAAGUCAAGUACCCAGAUCGUAUUACAUUAACGCGCGGUAACCACGAAAGUCGAAAUGUUACGCGAGUAUAUGGCUUCUAUGAUGAAUGUCUAGCCAAAUAUCAAAGCUCUAAGGUGUGGGAAUGGUGCUGUACAGUUUUCGAUUAUCUUCCUUUGGCAGCGCUUGUUGAUGGAAAUAUAUUCUGUGUCCAUGGUGGGUUAUCACCUGAACUACCUUCUGUUGAUUCUAUUCGGACAUUAUUCCGAAUGCAAGAGCUACCUCAAACAGGCGGUACCUGUGAUCUAUUGUGGUCUGAUCCGGAGUCACAAGUCGAUUCAUGGGCAAUAAGUCCAAGAGGUGGUGGUUUCUUGUUUGGCCACCUACCUACCAAUGCCUUCUGUCACAACAAUGAUGUGGGCUUAAUUGUUCGCAGCCAUCAGCUUGUGGAUGAAGGAUACAACUAUCCUUUCGCAGACAAGAAUCUCGUCACAUUGUGGUCUGCACCCAACUAUUGCUAUAGAUGCGGCAACAAGGCAGCCAUUCUAAAAGUACCCGACGACCGUGAACAGAUUGAGGAAAGCGAUUAUCGGAUAUUUCUAGAAAAUGAUACCCAGUUUUUCGAUAAUGAGUCGUAUGCUGCUGGGCCUGGUAGCCAGUAUUUCUUGUAACACUAGUUCAAUCGACAUUGCAAAUCAUCCACCCUGCCAACAACCAUUAACCAAACUGAGCCAUAUAUCACCACCACUACCACCACCACCCGCCUCAAACUCUUUGAGACCUUCCCUUUCGUCUACAAUAAAAAGAAAGAGUUCUAAAAACC